CCCUGUCUCCUUGGUGACCGCUAAACCCGCCCAAGGAUGCUCCGCGCUCUCUCCUUCCCGAGUUUCCCGCCCCGCUGGUCCCGGCUCCAUCCUUUUCGCCGCCGCCGCACAGGCCCGGCCCGGGAAAGGAAGGGCCUCGCCAGCCACGCCGUGACGUAAGCGCUCCGGGAGGGGGAGGUGAGGGCUGAAGGACGCGGCGAGGGGGGGAGAGAGCGGCUUUACGUUUCCCGAAAUCCUCCGCGGGGGGCCUAGCCGCUGCUCGAAGCCUGCAUUUGCCCGGAUGUUGGGACCAUAGAGUUGAAAAGCCUAGGUGGGCGCUGCGUGUCUCGUUGGCGCUCAGCUGUGGGCUGUAGGUUCCCGGAUGGAGCCACCAUUAGAGAUGCGUGCACUCCAUAUUUUUUUUCUGGAUAGUCUCUAUACAAGGAACUGAAGGACAUCGCCCCCUCUUGGGCCGAUGGAGGCAAGACACCCGUUUUUCGUGCUUGAGCGCGAACGCACUCAGGGAUAGGUAUUAAAGGCUUAUGCCAGGCAUCCCCAAACUCGGCCCUCCAGAUGUUUUGGGACUACAACUCCCAUCAUCCCUAGCUAACAGGACCAGUGGUCACGGAUGAUAGGAAAUGUAGUCCCGAAACAUCUGGAGGGCCGAGUUUGGGGAUGUCUGGCUUAGGAAAUGGUGUGUUGCAUAGAGAAAGCGGGUGCAGAAGACAGAAGCCCACUUUGCUUAAAAUUUGCUUAAAACUACUCCACACUGCCUUCCAUGGCAGCGAGUUCCAUAGGUUAUACGUGCUGCAUGAAUAAGUCCUUCAUUUUUUCUUUCCUGAAUCUUCCAGCAUUUUGCUUCAUUGGAUGUCCACGAGUUCUAAUGUAAUGAGAGAGGGAGAAGAACUCUUUAUCCAUUUCCUCUAUGCCAUGCAUAACUGUAUAAACUUCUAUCAUGUCACCUCUUACUCACAUUUUCUCCAAAAUAAUAAGUCCCAAAUGCUGCAACCUUUUCUCAUAGGGGAGUCGCUUCACCCCUUUGAUAAUCUUGGUUGCCCUUUUCUGAACUAGAAGACAUCAGAAUAACCUGCCACAAGUUCAGACAAAUUGAAAACAUGAUUGAGGAGCAUCUGUGGCCCUUCCAGCUGUUGCUGGGCGGCAGCUCCCAGCAGCCCUGGCAGCCAGUAUGGCCAGUGGUCAGGCUUCAUGAGAGAUGGGGUCCAGCAACAUCCGAAGAGCCACAAGGUUAGUCUAGGAUGACUAAAUUUGCUCUUAUCUAAGCAGAGCUCUUUUUAGAGUCCUAUACAGUGGUACCUCGGGUUAAGUACUUAAUUCCUUCCUGAGGUCCGUACUUAACCUGAAACUGUUCUUAACCUGAAGCACCACUUUAGCUAAUGGGGCCUCCCGCUGUUGCUGCGCCGCCGGAGCCCGAUUUCUGUUCUCAUCCUGAAGCAAAGUUCUUAACCUGAAGCACUAUUUCUGGAUUAGCAGAGUCUGUAACCUGAAGCGAAUGUAACCUGAGGUACUACUGUACCAAUGGUGGAGUUUUUCACCCUGUAGCUGUUUGCUGACACUUGUAGCAAAGUCCAGACAUCCCUUUCUUGGAAGGAAGGCCUUGAGGCUUUUUCCUUCACAUGAUCUCUCUUUCACCUCUGUUUGCAGCCCAGUGCCCGUAUCGUAUGCAGUGUUUGAUGGACCCUCUCCCGAGCCCCCGCUCGUUUUCCUACAUGGGCUGUUUGGAAGCAAGACUAACUUUGCAUCCCUGGCCAAGAAACUGGUGCUCCAAACUGGCCGCAAGGUGAGUGAGAAUUGGUUUUGGGCUACAUUGGGGAGGUGAUUGCUGCUGGUUUGCACUUUGGUUUGCCUGCAGAAGGCUCUAGGUUCAACCCCUGGCAUCACCAGGUAGGGCUGAGAAGGACUCCUGCCUGAAACCCUGGAGACAGUGUUAGAAACAAAUAUAUAAGUUAGGUGCCAAAUGGCACCUUAAACCUAAGUUAUGGUCUGCACAACAGAAUGUCUUGUUCACUAGGGGGUUGAACUAAAUGACUCUCGUGGUCCCUUCCAAAACUACAAUUCUAUGAUCCCAACUGCAUUGCUUGACUAUAGCUUGCUCUUACAACAAUUCACUUGUCCUGGUAUACAAGAAGGAGAAACACACACCAUGGAAAUGGUAUUAGCUAUGAACUAAGGCAGAGAUUUUUAAACUGGCCACAAACCUGGCACCCAGAAAUCUCCUUGUAGUCGCGUUUGGACCCAUGCCGGUAGCAAAACGUGCCUGGUGCCUGGAGGAUUUUGAACACUGCUUGGAGAACUGCUACCAGUUGAUGUGGAAUAAUACUGAGCUAGAGGAACCAUUGCCCUGACUUAGUAGCAUCUUUUUGCCACUGGACCGGGCCUGUUUGGGGGUCAUUUUUAUGUAGCCGGGUAGAAAUCCUGGGUGCUCAGAAUCCUCGGGGCCCCCUCAAGAUUUCGUAUUGCAUCAUCCAGAGCCUAUGCAAAGCCAACCUUGUGCCAACCCACUGCUGUCCCUCUUCUCCUGCCCAGUUAGGUGCUGACGGUGGACGCCCGUAACCAUGGCGACAGCCCCCACAGCCCGCUCAUGACGUAUGAAGCCAUGAGUGCCGACAUCCACCUCCUCCUCCGCCAGCUGAACCUCAGCAGGUGUGUCUUGAUCGGGCACAGCAUGGGCGGCAAGACAGCCAUGGUGAUGGCGCUGCAGUGGGUAGGUGGAGUCUCUUGGUGGCCCUUCCUGUGUUCUGCUGCCGGAUUCCUGCCGUGGGAGUGGGGCGGACAGUGGCUUAAGGAGCAAGCGCAUCUCCUGGGCUAACUGGGAACUGGUGGUGGGGAUGGUGGGGACCGGUAGCUCAGAGGUGGGGAAGGUGUGGUCCACAGGCCUCCCUGCUUGUACCUGCACCUGACACUUUCUCUGACCCCUUGGCUCCUUUGUCUUUCCUCUGCACCCCAGCCAGAGUUGGUGGAGCGCCUGGUGUGUGUCGACAUCAGUCCUAGCGAGACGACGGCCAUUUCAGGCUUUCAGAACUUCAUUGCUGCCAUGAAGGCGGUGGACAUCCCCCGAGGCAUCCCUCGUUCCACCGCACGCCGGCUGGCAGAAGAGCAACUGCGCCCAGCCAUUCAGGUAAUGCCCCACCACCACAACCUCGGAGGUCCAACAUCACAUGGGCCAGACCCCAAGCCUCGUCGUUCUGACGACUUGGACAGAGAAAGGCAGAAAGCGAGGGCCACCAACCUAGAUGAGUUUAAAAGAGGUUUGGACAAAUUCAUGGAGGAGAGGUGUAUCGGCUACAUGAUGGCUGUACUCUGCCUCCACAGUUGGAACAGGGUGGGGUGGCCUUUAUGCGAUUCUUUGGGGGUUACAGUUUAAUUUUGGUGGUGCUUUAUUUUUUCAAUUACAUUUUUACAUUUGGUUGUUAGACCUUAUUAUAAAUUACAAGGCAGGUGUUUAGCUUUAUUUAACCUUUCUUAACAAGAAGUUUUCAUUAACUUACUGAUUAUUUACAUUUUGUAAAAUUUCCUAACCCGUUAAUCUCAACAAGUCUGCUCUUAGCAAGGCUUAGUUGGGCACAGCUCCAGCUAACUGCAGUAUAUGAACCGUAACUUGAAAGAAAGGGACGUGGGUGGCGCUGCGAUCUAAACCACAGAUCCUAGGGCUUGCCGAUCAGAAGGUCAGCAGUUCGAAUCCCUGCAACAGGGUGAGCUCCCAUUGUUCGGUCCCAGCUCCUGCCCACCUAUCAGUUUGAAAGCACGUCAAAGUGCAAGUAGAUAUAUAGGUACCACUCCAGCGGGAAGGUAAACGGCGUUUCCGUGCGCUGCUCUGGUUCGCCAGAAGUGGCUUAGUCAUGCCGGCCACAUGACCCGGAAGCUGUCUGCGGACAAACGCCGGCUCCCCCGGCCUAUAGAGCAAGAUGAGUGCACAACCCUAGAGUCGUCUGUGACUGGACCUAACGGUCAGGGGUACCUUUAACUUGAAAGAUACUGCGCUUGAGCUUGCUUUCCCCUCCUCCCUCCCCUUCCUUUAUCCAUGUGCGCUGUGUCUUUUUUCAGUUAUGAGCCCGGGGACAAGAACUGUCUUAGUAAUAUAUUUUGUUAGUAGCUCUGAGAGUUCUUUUUAACAGAAUGCCAUAGAUAAAAAAUAGUUCAGUGAUGUCUACAGUGAUGGACAGCAACGCUCAAGGGUUUCAGGCAGGAACAUACCCAGUCCUACUGGUAGAUGCUGGGGAUUGAACCUGGGGCCUUCUGUGUGCAAGGCAGUCACUCUACCACUGAGCUACGACCAUUCCUCUGGCAUACCUCGGGGGUUGGGGCAGGGGUUUCUGGGGCACAGUCGAAAGGGGACUUGCAAAUCCUGACCCCAGAUUCCAUGCUUACAAGGUAUGUUUGCACACAGUGCCUGUUGCUGGGUCCUGUAUUUCCCCACGAGCCCCUUCCAUCUUCUUUGCUCAGGAGCCAACCAUCUGCCAGUUUCUGCUCACCAACCUGGUGUACGCCGAGGACCGGUUUGUGUGGCGCGUGAACUUGGAUGCUAUUUCCCAGCAUCUGGGCGAACUGAUGGGCUUCCCUCCUUUCCAGGUGGACUACCCAGGGCUUACUCUCUUUCUCGGGGGCUCCAAGUCCGGCUAUAUCAGGUGAGCUGUCGCCAGCAGAGGGGUCUGCACCAUCUCCUGCGCAAACCCUUUGGAGAGUCGAAGGGUCCCUGCUGUGUCCCCUUCUCAGUGUAACAUGAAGCAAAAUCUGAUACCCAAACUGCCUUGUUUCCUUUCCCCAUCCCUCUGGCUGAGCUUUGCUUUCCCUCCCCUUCUCUGCAGCUCUGACGACUACCCUGAGAUCGACCGGCUUUUCCCGGAGGCAGAGAUCCAGUACGUCCCUGACGCUGGACACUGGGUUCACGCGGAUCAGCCCCAAGAGUUCAUUGCUGCCAUUUGCAACUUCCUUCGCUUUCUUCCGCUGUAGAGUUUCCAGCUGGCCUCCCAGAACAGGAAAGACAAGCAGGUCCCUCUCCUGACACUAGUCAGGAUACCCCUCCUUUUUUGCCAACUUUUCUCCUGUGAACGGCUCCCGUUCUCCAGAACUGGCUUCCCCAACUCAAGACUGGCACGUGCUCUUUGUUAAGAGCCCUCCUUCCCUCUCCACGGAGGCCUGCAUAGCUGCCAUGUGGAAAUCCUGCGAAUAUGACCCCACUGGUGGCUGGGAUGCCACUUAACUCCAUGGGGCUCCUUCACUGUACAGUAUUUAAUAUUAAAUAAAACGGUGUUUCAUUUUAAA